AUGCCCCUUCGCCCAGUAAAACCGUCGGCAAAGAAGGGCGGCAAGUCGACACGCGCGCGACACAUUGCGCCGCGCGAGGUAUACAUCAGGGCUUGCGCGGAGGCUGGUCUGAGCCCGAAUAGCGGCGUGAUGGACCUCCUUUCCCUUUACCAAGAGUCUGCCAGUGUAGAGUCCAUCGACGUUAGCCGCAACUACUUGGGAAACAAAGGGGUCAUUCCUCUGCUGGUCGUUGUGGAUCGAUGCAACAAUCUGCGCGAGGUCAUCCUCAGCGAGAAUGGUCUGCGGAAUAGUGCCAUUGCUGCACUGUGCAAUUCUGCUGUAAAGCAUCCCUCUCUGAAGAGCAUUGACCUCUCUGACAAUUAUAUCAGCGAGGGCGCUGCUGUCCAGCUUCAGCGGCUUUUGGAGGAUAAUCCCAAGGUGUGUGAGCUUGGGAUAGACAACACCAAGAUUGAUGUAGAGUGGCGUCUGAAGCUUCGUGACCUCGUCCGAACGAAUGCUGCUGCUGCUGCCGCCGCCGCCGCCGAGGCCGCCGCCGCCGCCGCCGCUGCAGAUGCAGCUGCGAGUCAGCAGGAUGUAACAAAGUGA